CACAGGUGAGGGAUAUCCCUAACCCAAGCUAGCGACUUUUGUGCGCUCGUUUUUGGUGCCGUGUCAUUUGGAAACGAUGUCAUUUAAAGUAGCUCGAAACUUCAGGAGAUGAACUGAUUCCUUUGUGGCAGCAGGAGGAAGCAUUGUUGUUGAUGCCCAGAAGAAGAUUCCUUAUUUUGCUGAUGAUUCAUUCGGGUUAAGUUAAACGACCUUCGAAUCUAAACAAGAAGAUGUCAAGCAAGAAGAUCCAAGUUGGUUCUGUGGUGGAAAUGAAAGGGGAUGAGAUGACCAGAGUUAUAUGGGAACUGAUCAAAGAGAAGCUCCUCUUCCCCUAUAUGGAGAUAGACCUACACAGUUAUGACUUGGGAAUUGAGAACCGUGAUGCUACAAAUGAUCAAGUGACCAUCGAUGCUGCUGAAGCUAUUAAAAAAUAUAAUGUAGGAAUAAAAUGUGCCACCAUUACUCCUGAUGAGAGCAGAGUGAAGGAAUUUAAGCUAAAGAAAAUGUGGAAAUCUCCCAACGGGACCAUCCGCAACAUACUUGGUGGCACAGUGUUUCGCGAAGCGAUCAUUUGUGAGAACAUUCCUAGGCUGGUAUCUGGCUGGAUCAAGCCAAUUAUCAUUGGACGUCAUGCAUAUGGUGACCAAUACAGAGCUACAGACUUUGUUGUACCUGGUCCUGGUACAGUUGAAAUUAAAUACAUACCCGAGCAUGGUGGUGAGCCUGUCACAUAUGCUGUUCAUAAUUUUACAGAUGGGGGAGGAGUUGCUUUGGGAAUGUACAACACUGACUCCUCUAUUAGGGACUUCGCUCAUAGCUCCUUCCAGCAAGCUCUUGCUAAAGGUUGGCCAUUAUACAUGAGCACAAAGAAUACCAUUCUGAAGAGAUAUGAUGGACGAUUCAAGGACAUAUUCCAGGAAAUCUAUGAAAAACAGUACAAAGCACAGUUUGAGGCUAAAGGAAUCUGGUAUGAGCACAGACUAAUUGAUGAUAUGGUAGCUCAAGCGCUAAAAUCUGAGGGAGGCUUCAUUUGGGCCUGUAAGAAUUACGAUGGUGAUGUGCAAUCUGAUUCAAUUGCACAAGGAUAUGGAUCACUGGGAAUGAUGACUAGUGUAUUAAUUUGUCCUGAUGGUAAGACAGUAGAAGCAGAGGCAGCCCAUGGUACUGUGACACGUCAUUAUCGUAUGCACCAGCAAGGCAAAGAAACCUCAACCAAUCCAAUUGCUUCCAUCUUUGCCUGGACUCAAGGACUAUCCCAUAGGGCAAAGCUGGAUGGUAACUCUGCACUGCAGACCUUCUGUACCUUAUUAGAAGAAGUUUGUAUUGAAACUAUUGAGUCUGGUUUCAUGACUAAGGAUUUAGCUGCGUGUAUCAAAGGUCUACCAAAAGUGCAACGCUCUGAUUAUCUGAACACCUUCCAAUUCAUGGACAAGCUUGCAGAAAAUCUAAAACUGAAGCUGGUAUCAUCACACAAACUUUAAAAUUGGCUAAGCAUGCAUUGUAGAAGGUACACUACAAUAUUAAACAUGGGUUGAUGAAUGCAUUGAAUGGUAGAAUGUCUCUUUAAAAAAAAUUGAGGGAGUCAAAUCUAGCUGUUAUAUUGAUAAAAGAACAAUUAUCUGAACGUUAAAGUUGCAUUGAAGGGCAUCUCUAUUUAAUAGAUAAUAAAACUUCAAACAACUAUUGUUGAGUAAUAGUGUUGAGCAGUUUGAAAACUUGCUGCUGGCUUUGAUCAUUACUUUUUACAGAUUUUGUUUUUCUGUGAGAUUACUUAAUUAAAUAAUCAAAUAUAAUGUUUACAUAAUGAAUUUUCAUUACUUAUGACGGGAUGGGGUGUAUAUAUGUAACACAGCCUGCCAGAGGCACCAUGUCUUUUUAUUUUUACAUAGAACUUAUAGAAAUCUGAAUUUCUUCAGGUAUUAAUGUAAUGUGUCUUUUUUCAAUCCAUGUUCACUGUGUACUUCAAUUUUAAAGAUUUAAAGGGGAAAGAAAAUCUGUGGGGAAUAUUUGGUUCAAAGCACUCCCACAUUUUAGAGCACUAGCCUUGGGAGAAUUAUUUCAUUGAAAAAAAAAUUCUCUCUAUUCAUUCAUUGCUAAGCAACUCCAAUGAUCUGAGAUCGGGAGUGUAGCUCAAACAAUCAGUGAAGACCAAAGGGCAUUCUGGUGCUAUCAGAUCCUGGAAAACCCUACUAGCAAAUAAAAAUGCUAAUUUCCAAGACAGUAGCUUAGAAUCUGAGGUCAGGUCAGUGAAUUCUGGAAUAUCGCUGGGCUAAUUUUUAAAUGCACAGUCACCACUUUUGAACUUAAGCUACUCUAUUUGCUGUCAACAAAGUGGCCCAAAAAAUCUGUUACACUUUUGCCUGGAAUUUCUGCAACAAUUCUCACUCUUCUCAGUCCAUCAAUGGGAACCCAAUGGAAUUACUACCCCAAAUCCUCUUUGAACUGAAUUAAAAUUCCCUUCAGACUUAAGUAUCUUAUAUAAAAUAAGGGAAUGCUUUGAACAAGAGAUAAACUUUUUGCUGCAUCAGGCUUUACUGCCACUUUGAUGACUUGGGUGUAUUUUCACAUUUGUAACAGUUAUGGAUAAUUUUCCUUAUGAAACUGCUAAAAGUAAUUUACUAAUGUUAAUAGUUCUUUCUCAUUAAAACAUUUAUUACCCAAAUAAAAUUUACUUAAAAACA